CUCCCGAGAAAUUCGUUAAUAUCAACUUUACAAUGUUACAAUGCCUCGGAGAAACAAACAGUACCACGCAUUUCAAAAUGUACUGCAUGUCGCGACUUUCAUCCCGAACGACAGACAAUCACAGCAAACAAAAAUGAAGAAGAAGAAGAGCACUCUUCCCUUCGCGUCUGCUGCUUCUCUCUAGGCUCUAGCCGCCCCAACCCCCGAGCACAUUUUCCAAUACCGAUCCGGGGAUGUAGUAGGACCAAGCAAGCAGGCCAAAGCCCUACAGCUAAACUCCUCCCCCCUAAAUUUCCCCGCGUAUCCCAGCAAAACACCCAUGGAUCCGCCAGAUACUUUUUCAUGAACUCUUCAACAUACCUGCCAAAACGGAUGGAAACAGAAAACGCCCAGAUCGGAUGCAGCGUUUGUUGUCAUGCUCGUCCCGGGCGGCCAUGCAUGGGCCAUUAUUAUGAGUAUUGAUUGAUAGGUACUGGGCACUAGGCAGUUCGCCGGGGUCCUGGGAUCAGGGAUCGUGUGCGCAGUGCGAAACGGAUGCACUGAGCCGAUGGGAUGGGGAUGGUGGGGCCGUGGCCCGUGGGAUGGAAUGAUAGAACUCUUAAACAUAUGACGAUCUCAAGGAAGUUUCUGCAAUGCGAUUUCGACGUCGUGUGUAUUCUAUUCUUCAGGAAUAGAGUGGAAAGGACAAACGCGGGCGCAGGCACGCGGGUCUGUACUGUACAAGCGUUUGAUGUAAAAGCAAUCUGGAGAAAGGAGAAGUAGGACCACGGGUAUAAGAUGUAAUAUUUAAGCACUCUUGGUCUAAAAAGAAUUUACCUAAAAGAUUCCCAGGCCAAUUCCGAGCUGAGUUUGAAAGGAGCCGUCUUGAAGCACAACAUAGACUGCAUCCACGGCCAUAAUAUAACUUACACAUAAAAU